CAAGAACAAAGACGGGACCUGGUUAUCUCGGCUGCCGGCUGCGCUCCAGCGUUUCGGCUCGUUCUCGUCGCUCACGUUUCAGAGCCGAAAAGUUUCCCCUGCUCACCUGCCGUUGUUUACCCUCACGCAGCGCGUCAGGUGAUGAUCAACUGGGGGCGCCAGUUCAUCUAAAACUUCCCUAACUUCUGCCUCUGGAGACCCCUGAGGGAGGUGAAAUCAACGUGGCUAAUCAUUGAGACCACUAUGGCAGCAUGGAUUGGCCUUAUUCUCAUGGCAAUUGCCAUUUUUUCUAAAGGAGCGGAGGGGAGGAGAGAUGAAGUGUUAUAUUGCUCUGCCUGUGUGGCCAUUGCAGACGAGCUCAGCUACUCAAUCAGCCAGAUUGAUCCGAAAAAGACCGUCAACGUUGGAGGGUUCAGGCUCAACCCUGAUGGCAGCAUGACUGAAAAAACGGUCCCACUCGCUAGGUCAGAGACGCACCUGUCUGAGCUGCUGGAUGGAGUUUGCAAUAACAUGAGUGACUAUGCGCUUUACGAGGACCCCGACACCAAAGAGCAUAGCUACAAGAGGUUCGCUCCGAGGAGCAGCGACGGCGGGAAUUUUCCGGAUUUCAAAAAUUUUAAGUUUGCCGGACCAGAGGGCUCCGAUUCCUUGAAAUUUGCAUGCGAAACGAUUGUGGAGGAGUUGGAGGAGGAUAUCAUCUCUCUGUUCACCCGUGAAGAGCAGCAUGUGGCUCUGAAGCUGUGUAGUGAAGUAUCAGGUCACUGUAAAAGCAGCGUAUUCCAGCACGGUGAGCUGUAGUGUUACCUGCCUGCUGGAGAGCGGCCAAGGAACCCGAAUGGUAACCGCGGACCAGAUAAAUACAGAUAAGAAUGGAAAUAAAUUAAUAAAUAGCAAAAAACAAAAAAUGUUUUUAUAAAAUUCAAUUCUAUUCUAAUUUUGAGUUGUACUAUUUUCAUAAUGGAUAAUAAAGUGUUUUUUGAAUGGA